CAAAGAUUGAUGGUGUGAAUUCCUUUUCCAAUUGCUUUCAGAAUCUAACCUUUUUCUCACUUUCAACCAACCGUUUCUUCCCUUUUUCGACUUUGAUUGUGCUGCAAAUAUUAGCAUACAUCUCGAUAAAAAUUGUUUGAUUGCAGUCUUCAUUUGUGUUUAGUUCAUAUUACUUCUGAUUCACAGGUGAAAUCUGCAGAUUUUGCUUCUUUUCUUGGGGGUUGCUCUUUGCAUUUCAAACUCUUUUCGGUAAUAUUGUCUACUUGGUUUCUGUCGUUUGGAUUUCCUGCCUAACUAUGCGAGUACUACUAGAUUCCCACAAUGUGUUUGUAAAUUGUCCAACUGAAAUUUUGAUUGAGAUUCUUUCAUAUUUACCUGUGAAAUCGCUUCUGCGGUUCAGAUGUGUAUGCAAAGAAUGGAACAAAUUAGUUCAGAACCCAUUGUUUAUUAAUGCUCAUUUGGAAAAGAGAAUCCCAAAUUCUCUUCUCAUAAUCAAUAGCUCCACCACAGACCAGAAGGCAUGUUUCUCACUUUUUAAUGCUGAAACAUCCAAUGAAACUUUUCAAUCAGAGCUUCCUAUGAAGGCCAAUCUAGGCUAUAAACUCUCUGUUUGUGGAUCAUAUAAUGGGUUAGUUUGCAUUUCAUCUGCAAGUCUAUUGGAUGUUGAUCCAAUCUAUAUAUGGAACCCUUCUGUUAGAAAAACUAGGUUGCUUCCCAGUAGUUUGAUUCCCAAACGGGACCAUUGUUGGCCUCUAAACUUCCUGGCAUUUGGCUUCCAUCAAGCAAAGAAUGAUCACAUAGUGCUGAGAAUUGUGAGGAUUGAGCAAUGGAGUUGCUGUUAUCGAGUGGAAAUUUACAGUCUCAAAGAUGAUUGUUGGAGGAGAGUUUCUUCUGUUCCUACAAUUCCUACUGCACUCGACUGCAGAUUGUUGUCCAAAUCCAUCUGCUCUAAUGGACUUGUUUAUUGGAUUGUGAAGCACAGAAAUGGCGGAAUUCCCAAUUCCAUUCUCUCUUUUGAUAUAGCCACUGAGGAGUUUCAUAGACUAAUGUUGCCUGAUUGUUUGGUUUACAUAGACACUCCAUCACCAUUAUGCUUGGGAGUAGUCCAAGAAUCUCUUUCUAUUUUCCAUUGCAGGCCUGAUGGUGGGAAUGGGAAGCAACUGUGUGACACAUGGGCUUUGAAAAUGGGGUCUUGGGCAAAUUGAAGAGAUGGGGAAUUCUAGGCUUGCAUUGGUUGACACUGAACUGGAUUGCAUUGAAGAUAUUGGAAUUGAAUUGGGAUCUCAUUGGGUUUAUGCAGAUUCUUAUAAGGAGAGUCUUCUUCUACUCUGAUAAGGUAC